CUCUCUGCUCCAUCCGUUCAUUCAGCCCCCACAGUCAGCAAAACACACGUUAGAGAGUGCAGGUCCACGGCAAGCAAAUCCUGCAGAGCAGCGCUGUGUAUGUGUGUUCGUGUGUGUGUGUGUGUGUGUCAGGAGGAGGAGAGAGAGAGAGACAGAGACAGCAUGGACUAGAUGCUUCUAAACCACUGCAGGAGCACUAAAUCUGGGACUGUCACUGGAGGAGGGAGAGAGAAGACAUUCAAAGAAGGACGUUUAUCUUGCACUACAGUUACAGUAUGGAGACUCAUCUUUGCUGUCCGCCAGCAGAUCAAACUAGAAGCAAAGGACACAAAAGUCAGCCGCCGUAUUGACUUUUGAGAGGACGGAGAACCUAUUUCCCUGACAGUUUGCUCUGAGAAGGUGAAGAUUAGGAGUGGAUUUUGUUUCUUCUUUCUUGUCUUGUCUCUUCUCCUGUUUCGGUUAAUCGCUCUGCUUUUGCGGGCUCUCCAAAAGUCGUCACUUCUCUCAGACCCUUCCUUCCCUUCUCAGCAUCUUCUCUGCAUGCUUUUCCACUGCUCUGCAGGUGAACACACUCAUGGUGGAUGCCAAGGGAAGGAACAUGAAAUGUCUGACGUUCUUGUUGAUGCUUCCAGAAUCAGUUAAGAGCAGGUCCAGUAAAGGCUCCAAAAAGGGGAGUCCCAGCAGCUCGUCCAAGCUGCCCCCUGUGUGCUAUGAGAUCAUCACUUUGAAGACCAAGAAGAAGAAGAAGAUGGCAGCGGAGAUCUUUCCUACCAAGAAGCCGGCGUCGGCCACCACGGUGCAGCAGUACCAGCAGCAGAACUUGAACAAUAAUAACACUAUCCAAUGCUGCAACUGGCAGGGUCUCUACUCCACCAUCAGGGAGAGAAAUUCUGUGAUGUUUAAUAAUGAACUGAUGGCUGACGUUCACUUUGUUGUCGGUCAGUCUGGAGGGACUCAAAGGCUCCCGGGACACAAGUAUGUCCUUGCUGUGGGAAGCUCUGUUUUCCAUGCCAUGUUCUAUGGAGAGCUGGCGGAAGACACGGAUGAGAUUCGUAUUCCUGAUGUGGAACCUCCAGCUUUUCUGGCUAUGCUAAAGUACAUUUACUGUGACGAAAUUGACUUAAGUGCCGACACCGUCUUGGCAACUUUAUACGCAGCCAAAAAGUACAUAGUCCCACACCUGGCACGGGCUUGCGUCAACUUCUUGGAAACAAGUUUGAGUGCCAAAAACGCGUGUAUUCUUUUAUCUCAAAGCUGUCUGUUCGAAGAGCCAGACCUGACACAACGCUGCUGGGAAGUCAUAGACGCUCAGGCAGAGCUGGCGCUUAAAUCCGAUGGCUUUUGUGACAUUGACUCUCAGACCUUGGAGAGCAUCCUCAGACGGGAGACGCUGAAUGCAAAGGAGAUUGUAGUGUUUGAAGCAGCACUAAGCUGGGCAGAUGCCGAGUGCCAACGGAGGGAGAUGAACACCUCUAUUGACAACAAACGCAAGGUGUUGGGUCAGUCCAUAUAUCUAAUACGUAUCCCAACAAUGGGUCUUGAUGAUUUCGCAAAUGGUGCCGCGCAGUCAGGAGUGUUGACGUUAAACGAAACCAAUGACAUUUUCUUAUGGUACACAGCGGCUAAGAAACCCGAACUGCAGUUUGCCAGUCAACCUCGUAAAGGCUUGACACCACAGAAGUGCCACCGCUUCCAGUCGUGCGCCUACCGCAGCAAUCAAUGGCGAUACCGCGGACGCUGCGACAGCAUUCAGUUCGCUGUUGACAAGCGGGUGUUCAUCGCCGGUUUUGGGCUUUACGGCUCAAGCUGUGGGUCAGCUGAGUACACCGCCAAAAUCGAGCUCAAACGGCAAGGGGUGAAUUUGGGAACCAACCUCAGCAAGUACUUUUCCGAUGGAUCUAGUAACACCUUCCCCGUUUGGUUUGAGUAUCCAGUUCAAAUCGAGCCGGACACUUUCUACACUGCCAGCGUGGUUCUGGAUGGAAAUGAACUGAGCUAUUUCGGACAAGAGGGUAUGACGGAAGUGCAGUGUGGAAAGGUGACCUUUCAGUUUCAGUGCUCUUCGGACAGUACCAACGGCACAGGUGUGCAAGGCGGCCAGAUCCCAGAGCUCAUUUUCUAUGCCUGAGUUUCCCUUGGGGGGGAAAAAACUGCCCACUUUACUAGUGUGAAAUAGCUUUACAACACGUACAAGAUCUGUUUUUCUGUUAUUUCAUGGCAGAAUUCAACUCCUCCAGUGCUGCCAGCUCAAGCAAACUGAGGCAUAACAGGCAUUACAAGGGUUUUGUUUUGAGCUCUUAGUGUUUUGGGGGGUGGGCUGUCAAGAUGUUACACUGUAUUUUCUUCCUGUCUUAAAAGUGAAUUAAAUAAUUUAUUUUGUGCUCUGCAUAACGCUGCACCUGUUUACAAGGACAAAUCUCAUUUCUCUGGAAAAUAAGUGAGCCUGGCUGUUGCUCUAUAUCUUCAUUGAUUUUUAAUAUUUUUGAAUAAUUUCAUUUAAGAGGGGACAUUGUGCAUUGUACAGUAUAUAUAUAUUUAAAUGUAUGAACUAAAUUAUAUAUAUAUAUAUAUAUAAAUAUACUAUAUUAUCACUCCAUGGCUAUUUCAGCUGUUUACAAUGACUACGCCAUGUUUGUGAACGCUUGCACAUGUAUAUUGUAGCAAUAGUGAACAAAAUAUUCAGUCACGAUAACAGUCUAACUUCAGUAUUUCUCCACAUCAUGAUUCAAGGCAAUCAAAAUACCUAACACCAAAGUUACUGUCAUCACAACUACUUUACUUUUCUUAACAUUCACUGUUUAAAGGGAUAGUAUGGCCAAAAAUGGAAAACUCUUCCAUCAUUUACUUA